GUGAGGUAUUCGAAAAUCCGCUCACGCUCUCGUUAACCACAUAUACGAUAUAUGUAUCUCAGGGCAAUGCAAACUUCAAACAACGACAGUCAGCUUAUUUUGGUGCAGCAGAAUUUACGAACACUGUCUCAGGAAGUAGUCAAGAACCAUGCUGAUUAUGUAGAUCAACUAGAUCUUAGCUAUAACUGCCUAAAGGAUUUGUCCUGGCUGGCGGAGUUCGAGCAGCUGCGGCACUUGGUCCUGGACAGCAAUCGAAUGCAUGAGGCUCAUUUAAGAACGUUGAUUCGCCCACUGCCACAACUGGAAGUAUUGAUGCUCAACAAAAAUGAGUUCAGCGACCUGCCAACGACAAUACGGCUGAUCAGAAGGUUCUUUCCCAACCUGCAGUAUUUGAGCCUGCAUGGCAAUCCGAUCUGCCCUGAUGGUCUGGAACUACAGCCCUUCUCCAGUUACCUGCGCUACGACUACGAGUACUACAGCAAUUACAUUGGACAGUCGUUGAGCAAACUGAAAUUUCUGGAUCACGGACUAGUUCAACGCACCUACCAUUACGAAAGUUUCCCGCUUAAAAGUUAUGCUGGAAAACAACUGAUCCAAACAACAAGUUUUUAAGGCGGUAAACUGAUAAAGUUAAAAAUGUAUAUUGGAAAAAACGGGAACGGUAUAUAACCAAAUAUAUUAAAAAUACGA